AUGGCUGGUGGUCUACGCUCGUUAACUGCGCUCGCGUUCUUUGUAAUCAUUUUGCUCUCCGUCAGCGAUGCUAGGAACCACCGGUUGUUGCUCAAGGGCGAGCAGCGGCGGUACUUCAGUGUUACCACGUUUGGCUUCCUGGUUGGCGGGCAGCUCAACAUUGAGGUUGAGGCAUUGUCAUUCAUGCCAAGCACUAACAGGGUGGGCUUCAGCUUGACAAGGACACCCACUGACAGUGUCAACCCAUAUCCUGAUGGCCGUAUUGAAGGCUGCCCACUGGAUGAAGUCAAGGAGGACAUGUACGUGCUCACGCUUGCAUUGGACACAUCUGGAAACAGAGAACGCCUGGUGCUGCGUUGCAACCGCAACUUCAGUGACCUUCCAGUGAGUCAUCAGGACAACUGGCGGCCACAGCCGCGCACGGUGCGGCAGACAAGUGCUGUGCAGCAGCUGUUUCGUGCACGUCGGGAUGCUGAUGUCAGUAGGACAGGGUCGGGAACAGUGGCAACUUCGCCCAAAGCUGCCGAUCCAACCGUAGCUACGACCCUGGUUGAGCCAACGAAGAAAGCGAUUGCCAUGCUGCCCUCAAAGAAGACAACCGUGGGUCGUUGUGCUGGCACGAAUUUACCCGUACACAAGGACAUAGUAGAUGGCGUGGCUGUCUAUAGCUUCCAAUUUGGUGUAAGCAUCGACCGAGAAGCCCACGAAGGACUCUACAGCCUCUAUUUCCACAACUGCCUGGUUGGUCCCCUGGGAUUCCUCAACAACUCUGCAAAUAUCUCGGUGUCCAUCUCGGAGCACAACGAUGGCAGCUUUCUGUCGGCUGGGGAGAUCCCUCUGCCACAAGUCUACUUCCUCAUGGCCAUGGUAUUCUUCACCGUUGGCUGCUACUGGAUCUACCUGCUCCGCCAGAGGAGGCAAGAAGCCUACAAGAUUCACUUUCUGAUGGGUCUUCUCGUCUUUGUCAAGUCAUGUUCCCUACUGCUGCAUGGGAUCAACUACCACUUCAUCUCCAAGGAUGGUUCACCCAUUGAAGCCUGGGCUGUGCUCUUCUAUAUCACCCACCUACUGAAGGGUGCCCUCCUGUUCAUCACAAUAGUGCUGAUUGGAACGGGCUGGGCCUUCAUCAAGCACAUUCUCAGUGACAAAGAUAAGAAGAUCUUCAUGAUUGUCAUCCCUCUUCAGCUGCUGGCCAACGUGGCCCAGAUCAUCAUGGAGGAGAGUGAGGAGGGUGAAUCCCAGCACACCACAUGGCGAGAGGUGUUCAUUCUCGUGGACCUCCUGUGCUGUGGAGCCAUUCUCUUCCCAGUCGUCUGGUCUAUUAGGCAUCUCCAGGAAGCAUCACAAACAGAUGGCAAGGCAGCAAUCAACCUGGAGAAGCUGAAACUGUUCCGACACUUUUAUGUCAUGAUUGUGUGCUACAUCUACUUCACCAGGAUAAUUGUGUUUCUGCUGAAGAUCACAGUGCCCUUCCGGUAUGAAUGGCUGGACGAGUUGUUCCGCGAGGGGGCCACGCUCAUCUUCUUUGUGCUGACCGGCUACAAGUUCCGGCCCACACAGUCCAACCCCUACUUCCGCCUCUCCCAGGAUGACGAGGAGGAAAUGGAGGAAGUGCUGACUCAAACUGGGCUGACAGAGAAUGUUUCCAAAACACUGCGCAACCGAGACAUCCAUGACGAGAAGAACACAACAGCCAGCAAACGCGAGAGCAGCCAUGAGUAUGACUGAUGCCCUGGUAUGACAGGCACCCUUAUGAGCACGCCAGGCCAGCCUCUCCCGAUUUGGUGUCCUCGAGCGUGAAGCCAUUUCCUUUUGUUCCUCUUCUCUUGUGGUGUUUCUUCAUAUGUCGCAGCACUUUCAUAGUCUCUGUUGCCUGCCAGAUGCGUUAUUGUUCCUAUUUCUGCUUACUGCUCACACUUGGCAAAAAAAGGAGUCUACGUGAAAAGUUCGGCCAUGUAAGGCACAUUGUAUUCUCCCCUUAUUUUCAGGGUCUUCUUUUUGUUGUUAUCAAUGUUAUUGUUGCCCCUAAGUAUAGUGAAUGUGUGUUUGAUGUUUAUGCACUUACUGCAGUGUUCACAAUAUUUCUCUUCCUAACACUCUUAGACAAGAUUAGCAUAUGCAGAUGAAGUGUCAACGUUACGAAUUCCUAGUUUACAUUGGUGUUGCUAAAGUCUUUCUUUUUGCUCGUUCUCUCAGUGUUUUCCUCGUUUUUUCAUGUCAAUGUCUUGCACUCAUACAGUGCAUGGUAUUAUAAUUUAUGGUGCGAAGAAAAUUG